AAGCAAAGGGAGAAGAUGGCGGCGCUGGGGGAACCUGUGCGACUGGAGAGGGAUAUUUGUAGAGCAAUUGAAUUGUUGGAAAAACUGCAAAGGAGUGGAGAGGUACCGCCACAGAAACUGCAGGCUUUACAAAGAGUUCUUCAAAGUGAAUUCUGCAAUGCUGUAAGAGAGGUAUAUGAACAUGUUUACGAGACUGUGGACAUCAGUAGCAGUCCUGAAGUGAGAGCUAAUGCGACUGCAAAGGCUACUGUUGCUGCAUUUGCUGCCAGUGAAGGACAUUCUCAUCCUCGAGUUGUUGAGCUCCCAAAAACAGAAGAAGGCCUUGGAUUCAAUAUUAUGGGAGGCAAAGAACAAAACUCUCCAAUCUAUAUAUCCCGAAUAAUUCCAGGUGGAAUUGCUGAUAGACACGGGGGUCUCAAGCGAGGAGAUCAACUCCUUUCUGUUAAUGGAGUGAGCGUUGAAGGAGAACAUCAUGAAAAAGCUGUAGAACUGCUGAAAGCAGCUCAAGGAAAGGUUAAAUUAGUAGUACGGUACACACCCAAGGUCUUGGAAGAAAUGGAGUCACGCUUUGAAAAAAUGAGAUCAGCAAAACGCAGGCAACAGACCUAAAACUUUACACUCCAUUUUGCUUUUAGAUAGAGAAGUUUUACUUGUGACCUACUGAUGGCCGCAAUGCCAAUGAUUGUAAAAAAAAAACAAAAACACUUCCCGUGAAAUCCUCCUUGCCAUUUUAUAAAUGCCUAUUUUAACAUCAUUUAUGGUUCCAGAGAUGCAUACACUUUUUUCUGACAAGAAAAAGUAAAAAGGUGAUGAGGGCAAUUCCGUCCUGCUGUUUUUACAGGCCUUUUUCAACAAAUGCAGAUUUUGUCAUAAAGUUGUUAUAGAUUUUUAAAAAUGCUUUUUUAAUAUUAAAAUGUACUUUUACAUUCUUAACCUUUUUUUAGGGAAAAAAAGUUUUCUUUAUUUGGCUGCUUAUUUAAAAAUAACAGUUCUCCAUUCUUUUCUUUGCUUUUUUUUUCACCUGUAACAUUUCUUUAUGGUUUUCCAAGAAAUUAAACAUAACAGUCUCAGCUACAGCAGUUUAUUACACUAUCAAUGUUAACAUUGAUGCGUUUUGUAUUUGGAACACACACAUAAUAUAUAUUAUCAAUGGUAAAUUAUAACUCAGCACAGUGGAAGUUUUUUACUUUUAUUUAAACAUAAUAUAUAAUGAAUAUUCAUUUAUACUGAUUUAUAAAAGUUUUUAAACACUGAUACAAUCAUUGCUAAAAUAUGUAUUCUUUCAUAAUAUUUGAGUAGUGAGGCAAGAGAAUGUAAUUUGAUUGUUAGCAAUACUGAUAACAUCUUUCUAUUUAUAGUCAACAAUAUAUCAUAAAUUACAAAUGCAAAAAGAGGUUUAGGUUUCAUCUUUUGCAAAUUUUUUUAAUGCUAUUCAUUUUUAUUUAAAUAUAUUUCUUAUAUUUUCAUCGUUCCAUUUCUAGAGAUGAGCCAGUUAAUAAGCCAGUGGUGGGAAAUAGCAAAGAAGAAAAAGUAAUACCUUUAACCUCACUAGGCUAAAGAGUUACACACACUUAAGUAGCUCAAUUUAAAGACUUGAUAUUAAAUAGGAAAAAGAUAGAAGGGUAUAUUUAAGAUAUAUAGAAAUCAUGAGGUGAUACAUUCAUAAGAAUCUGCAGACGCUUUGUCAAAAUGAGUAAGAACUCAUUCACUAGUUGGAUUUAGAGAUGUGAUCUUUAUGAUUCAGUUAUGAUGAUGGGAAUUCUGAGAUACUUUGAUUUGUCCACUGGAUGUCACUGUUUUACUGAAAGGCAGCUAUUAAUGGAUGACGGUGACUGAGGUCUUUUUAAAGGCAGAAAUUAAAGAGGUAAGGUUCAUUUUCAGACACAACUUACAGGAACAUUUGUCAGGCUUUUAAAAAUUUUAAGUGACAGGUGCUAGAAAGAAAAUAAUGGAUUGAAAUACAUAAGGAAUUUACAAUAAUUAUCAACCCUGUGUAAAGAGUGGGCAUUUUGUGACAUUCCUUCAGGAAGAAUAGAAAUGUGUAUCUUUUUCUGCAUGUUUGUGAGCACUGUGAGUCUUAAAAGAUUAUUCCAGUUUCCAAUGAUUUUCAGAAUAAAAGUCAGCAUUGUUAUUUA